CGAGGCGUUUUGCAUCGCAUGACAUCAUGCCACCGUGAGAACGCUCGCGGCCGUGGAAUUGCAUAAAGACAGAGAGAGCCGCCAUCUCACGAGGGGCCCCGCUCAGAAACCUGCAAGCUUGUCCAUUCGCAACAUCACAACCCACAGCCGUUACCCCUCGCAUCCACGACUACCAUGGGGUUCUUCUCCACCCAGGAUAUCGCCGCCCUGAAGAAGUACAAGUACAGCGGCGUGGAUAAGUCGAUCAUCUCGCGAUAUGUGCUCAACCCAUAUUGGUGGAAUAACCUUGUGAAGGUGUUCCCUCUUUGGUUUGCCCCAAAUCUUAUAACACUCUCCGGCCUCUCCCUCGUCGUGCUCAACCUCCUCACGGUGCUCUACUACUCGCCUGAUCUCGGGGAACCAUGCCCGAAUUGGGUGUAUUACGCUUGCGCUGCGGGAGUGUUCGCGUACCAGAGCUUGGAUGCUAUUGACGGGAAGCAGGCGAGACGGACGGGGACGAGUGGGCCUUUGGGGGAGCUUUUCGAUCAGGCUCUGCUCGCAGCGCUCAUCACAGCUUCAGCACUGAACCUGCAUUCGACAUGGUGGGUCAUAAUUUCGAUCCUCUGCGCGGUCGCAAACUUCUAUCUUUCCACCUGGGAAGAGUACCACACGGGGACAUUGUACCUCGGCUACUGCAGCGGUCCCGUUGAGGGAGUGCUGUUUGUUGUCGGCUUAUUGAUUGCCACUGGUGUCUACGGGCCUCCAUUUUGGGACACCCAACUCCGAACGAUCGUGCCGCAGGUGGCGAAGUCUGUGCCUGUCCUCCUUUCCAACGCCAAGUUGAGCGAGUUGUUCUUGGCGUUGGGUGCCGGUAUCUUGAUUGUCAACAUCGUGGGAAGCGCAUCCAAUGUCGCCGCCGCCUGCCGGACCAACCGCAACAAGAACUUCGGCGGCGCUCUUCUAGGUCUCCUCCCCUUCGUCGCCUUCGUCGGCAGCAUCGUCAGCUGGGCCGCCACCUCCCCCACUAUCCUCGUUCACCACAUCGUCCCCUUCUCCCUCCUCAUCGGCACCCUGUUCGCUCACCAGGUCGGAAAGAUGAUCAUCGCCCACGUCUGCCAUCGUCCCUUCCCCUACUUCGACUUCCCAACUACUGUCGUUUUGGUUCUCGGAAACCUCUCCGCCCAUGUGCUGUCUCACUGGAAGCAGACCACAGCUGCUGGAGGACACCACCAACUGGACCGCUCACCUUUGGCAGCCGCGGCGCAAUGGAUUCAGCAACGCCUGCAAGUAUUAUUCAUGGGCCACCUGCAACAGAUCGAGAACGCGACAUUCAUGGAAGGCGCCGUUGUGCACGGCCUCCUCUGUGUCGCGGUCUUUGUCUACCUGCGGUUUGCGAUGAGGGUGAUCAACCACUACUGCGAGAUCUUUGACUGCUAUUGUCUGCGGAUCAAGAAGAAGGUUGAUACUAGCAAGAAAUUGUAGGGCGUACGUUAUGUAAGGUGGGGCAAACGACUUUGCUCUGACUGUCUGAGACACAUUUUGUAAUCAUUUUUGUGAAAUACAUCAUGCAUUUGCACAUAC